AUGUCCGUCAAAGUCAUCGUCGUCGGCGCUGGUCUCAUUGGCCCUCGCCACGCCCAAUCCGUCAUCUCCAACCCAGACACCGACCUCGUCGCCCUCAUCGACCCAGCUCCCAGCGGCCCCGCGACAGCUUCACAACUCAACACAAACCACUUCCCCUCCCUCGACGCUCUUCUGGCUUCAUCCUCCAUCCCUAAACCAGACGCCGCCAUCGUCUGCACCCCCAACCACACUCACGUCCCCAUCUCACGCAAUCUCCUCGCCAACGGCAUCCACGUCCUCGUCGAGAAACCCGUCAGCGACUCCAUCGAGUCCGGCCUGGAAUUGCUUCGCUUCGCCCAACUGCCAGAAAACGCUCACCUCAAGCUCCUCGUCGGCCACCACCGUCGCUUCAACCCCUACGUCUACAAAACAAAACAGAUCCUCGACGCUGGCUCCCUGGGCUCCAUCAUCGCCGUCAACGGUCUCUGGACCCUCUACAAGCCUCAAAGCUACUUUGCUCCCCCGACGGAUUGGCGUCGCGCGAAAUCCUCCGGCGGUGUCAUCCCUAUUAACUUUGUCCACGACGUCGACAUCCUGCAUCACUUCUUCGGUCCCAUCGUUCGCAUCCACGCCGAAAAGACCCUCCCGCAGCGUCCCAACCCCCCUCACGAUGCAGAGGAAGGCGCAGCACUCACUCUCCGCUUCGCGUCUGGCAUCGUAGGAACCUUUCUGGUCUGCGACGCUACCCCAUCGCCGCAUAACUUCGAAACCGGCACGGGCGAAAACCCAAUCAUCCCCAAGAGCCCGACAAACGGUGAUUCAGACUUCUACCGCAUCUUUGGCUCGAAUGCCUCUCUGAGUGUGCCGGAUAUGACGCGCUGGAGCUAUGAUGGAAAGCCUGAUAAGAGCUGGAAUGAGACUUUGUCGGUGGAGCGGUAUGAUGUUGGGGAUGCCACGCCUUUUGAUUUACAGUUGGCGCACUUUGUAGAGGUUAUUCGGGGUAAUGCACAGCCCAGCUGCUCGGGCGAGGAAGGAUUGAGAGCUCUGAUUGUUUGUCAGGCAGCCAGGAAAGCGCUGGAAACUGGACAAACUGUCGAUAUAGACACAGAUCUGUUCAAGAAUGAAAUAUAG